CUCUUGGGACACUAAAGAUUUAUUUGACAUCUUAAAAAAGUAUUGCGUAAUGUCCACUUUAAUGUCUAAAUCGAAAGUUUUCCGCUUCAUGGAAAAUGAGAGACUUACCAGAAAACAAAUAGGGGAAGAUCCAUCAGGUCGUGACGAAAUCGGAUUUAAGUUUCAUUUCACGAGAGCCCACCAGCACAGCUGCAGCCACACACCUGCACUCCUAAAAUCAUGGCAGUUCAUCAACAAACUACCAUUGUGACAACAACCCAGCAUGUCUCAUCUGGAACCUGGACCACAGGGAUCUGUGAUUGCUGUUCUGAUAUGAGCACUUGUUGCUGUGCCCUGUUUUGUUUCCCUUGCAUGCAGUGUCAGACUGCGUCCCAAUUUGGAUGCUGUUUCUGCAUGCCUUUGUUAGACAGCUUCUGUAUGGUGGUGUCUUGCUGUCUCCGUAAGAAGAUGAGAGAGCAGUAUAACAUCAAUGGUUCGUGCUGUGAUGACGUAUGCAUGGUUUGCUGCUGUUAUCCAUGUGUCUGGUGUCAGAUGUCUCGUGAAGUCAAGAAUCGUGCUCGUUCUGGCGCUGUGAUCACCCAACAGAUUGUGCACAGUUAGAGAUCAGCUUACUCCAAGUCGCAAGAGUCUGAGCAUGAAUAUAAAGUUUGAUAUACCGACAUUUUUUAUAUGAUGACUUUUUUAUAUUUUUUUCACAUUUUUAUUUAGCACUGUUUUGUUGAACAUCAAUCCUUUUUUCCAUACUAUUAUGUAGAUUAGAUGUGACUAAUGUGAGAUGUGAGUUUAUAUAAUGCAGUGUGUACAAGCAAUACAAAAUAAUGUUAAAAUAAUUGGCUGAAACAUUGAUCGCAAAAGAUCAUUAUGUUUUCUGUUCUUUGUUGAUUCACUUUAUUGUUGUAUUAGUACUUCAUUAAUAAAUAAAACUGAGUUCUUUGAAAA